AUGGUCAGAGUGUGCAGGCUGUUGCUGUUUGCUGCCUUGCUGCUGUGUCUGCAUGCACAGCUAUCUGUCUCUCAGCACUGGUCUCAUGGCUGGUACCCUGGAGGAAAGAGAGAAAUCGACCCUUACAGCUCGCCAGAGAUAUCUGGGGAGAUUAAACUGUGUGAAGCAGGAGAAUGCAGCUAUCUGAAGCCACUGAGAACCAAUGUCCUGAAGAGCAUCCUGCUUGAUGCCCUUGCAAGGGAAUUCCAAAAGAGGAAGUGACCUCACCAAAUCAAACCACAGCAUCAUAGCUUCUUUCUUG